AUAUUUUGUUUUAUUAUUGUAGGACACAUGUGAGAAUGCUGAGAGUGCUCGUGUUACAGCUGCCAGUGGUGCAAGGACUCAUAUACAUGGUUCUACUUGUUAUGUGGGCUGAAGAACAGAGCUUAUACCAAGUAAACUACGUUUACAUGCAGCCCAUCGUUGUCAUAUCAAUACUGUGCGGUAUCUGGGGCAUGAUCAUGACUAUGAAAAUGUUGACUGAAGUUCUGAAAGAACACCACAUGCAAGGGAAAUUUUUCGUACUACAGUUGGUACUGCUGCUUGGAAAAUUGCAGGGCAUUAUUGCCAAAGUCCUGGUCAACAUGGACUUCAUGCCAUGCAAGCCUCCGAUCACACCAACUGUUUAUGCUAAUUUGCUCUACAACUCAGUGAUGAUCUGGGAAAUGGUUCUGCUGAGUAUUGUGGCCCGUAUCAUCUACAAGAAAGCCGUGCCCGAUCCGAACGGUUCGGCCGAACUGCCGCAACAAAUCUGCACAAUCGGCAUAAAAAUCAACACGCCGCCCCCCGUCAUCACGGAGUGCCCCGAGAAGCGGAAACUGUCUGAGCUUCAGAACAAUAACGGCACUCACUUUAUAGAACGGUUUUGAACUAGUUCUGUCAAUUGAGGCUUUGUGAUAUUUGAGAUUUUGUUAAUAGAACAGUUUUGAGCUAGUUCUCUCAAUCACUUGAAUUAUUAGGUCUAUUGGAAAAGAGCUAACAAUUGCUAGUUCCAAGUCAUUUUCAAGCAAACGCUUGGAUUCGAUUCAGGUUUGAUAAUGGUUCGAUUCAUAUUGAGGUUUUGUAAUUUCUAAUUUAGUUAGAAUUGCUUUGUAAGAGCGCGGUGUACAACUACUGGAAAGGAACUUAUAUGAAAAAGAUAUUUGCAAGGAGCUGGAGAAUCAGAGUUAUCAAUGUAGGGUUAUGAAUAUUUAAUCAAUAAUUCCGCUUUGAGAAGCAAAUUAGAGAGCUGAAUGAAGACUUCAAAAAAUAAACUUUUAUGGAAAUGAUAAUAUUUGAGUGUUGCAGGGAGCUGGAGAGUCUGAAAAUAUCAAUUUAAAGACGUUCCAAUAUUUGGUUGAUAACACAGCUUUAAAAAAGCUAGUUGGAAAACUGGAAUGAUCACAUUGGGAAAGAGAUAUAAUAUGAGAAAAAUUUGAUGAUUUCUUGAUCCAUUCCGAGCUGCUUUGUAUAAACACACUUUUUUAUUUAUUUGAACACGACAUGCAGUCGAUUAUUAAGACUGUUGAAAAUG